AUGGGACAUGAGGAGCAUGGAGGGACUUGGCACAUGGAAGCAGCUCAACUGGAUACGCAAAGGAAGAAGGGAGAAGCCAUCUUGAAGACCAGCUCGACCGUCCUACUCGACCAACCGGUCGAGUUCCUCAACUCGACCGGCCAAGCUUCAACUCGAUCGAGCUGGGGAGUCAAAGCGACUCCCCACACGGAAGUGAUGGCAUUCGCUGGAAAAGAUCCACUAAGAGCUCCAAUAUCUCUUGCUCUAGACAAUAGAGAGGAAUUGUUGACUGUGUUUGUGUUUGCAUCUUACCACCUUCAUUUACCACUGAUUGCAUUCCACUCAUCCUCAUUUCACUUCUUUUCACACACAAACAUCCUAUCAUCACUCGGUCAUAGAAUCUCGGAGAGAGGCAUUGAGGUUGACAAAGCCAAGAUCGAGGUAAUGGUGAACUUGGAACCGCCCAAGAACGUAAAAGGAGUGAGAAGCUUCCUCGGGCACGCGGGCUUUUAUAGGAGGUUCAUAAAAGUCUUCUCCAAGAUAGCGUGCCCUCUCACUCAGUUACUUUGCAAAGAAGUGGCGUUUGAAUUCAAUGGAGAAUGCCUCGCGGCGUUCAAGAAAAUCAAAGAGGCUCUCAUUAGCGCGCCGAUCGUACAAUCACCGGAUUGGGAACUUCCUUUUGAGAUUAUGUGCGACGCAAGCGACUACGCCGUUGGAGCUGUGCUAGGCCAAAGGAAAGAGAAGAAACUCCACGUCAUAUACUAUGCAAGCCGGACCCUCGACGAGGCACAAUGCAACUAUGCCACCACGGAGAAGGAGUUAUUAGCGAUUGUAUUUGCAUUCGAGAAGUUUCGCUCUUAUCUUGUUGGCUCGAAACUUACAGUGCAUACCGAUCAUGCGGCUCUCAAGUAUCUGCUGUCAAAGAAAGAUGCAAAGCCAAGACUUAUACGGUGGAUACUUCUUUUGCAAGAAUUUGACCUAAAGAUCGUUGAUAGGAAAGGCGCGGAGAAUGGCAUUGCCGACCAUCUGUCAAGAAUGAGAAUCGAAGAGAGCAUACCUAUAGAUGACCCGUUACCAGAGGAAACGGUCUAUGCAGUCAGUGCAGUACCUAUAUCGAGAGAGGAGACCACACCAAGAGCCACCACGGAGAGGAGAAUUGCCUUUGGCGCAACUUGGUAUCGUCACAUAGCUAACUACCUCGCGGCCGACAUAGAACCUCCGCACUUCUAUGGAUACAAGAAGAAGAAAUUCCUCAAGGACAUCAGAUUUUACUUCUGGGACGAGCCAUACCUCUACAAGAAGUGCCAAGACGGAUUGUUUAGAAAAUGCGUGCCGGAGGAAGAGAUAGCCGGGAUUCUGCAUGGAUGUCACGAAUCAGCUUACGCAGGUCAUUUUCCCACGUUCAAGACAGUCUCUAAGGUCUUGCAAGCGGGUUUUUGGUGGCCUACAAUGUUUAAAGACGCUCAAGCAUUCAUCUCACGUUGUGAUGCUUGCCAAAGAAUGGGGAACAUAAGCAAAAGGAAUGAAAUGCCGCAAAACUUUAUCUUGGAAGUUGAGGUAUUCGAUGUUUGGGGAAUUGAUUUCAUGGGACCCUUCCCCACAUCCUUUGGAGAUCAAUACAUACUAGUAGCAGUGGACUAUGUCUCCAAAUGGGUUGAAGCGCUAGCCGCUCCAACAAAUGACUCAAGCGUGGUGAUCAAAAUGUUCAAAUCGAUCAUAUUCCCAAGAUUUGGAGUUCCAAGAGUUGUGAUAAGUGACGGAGGCUCACACUUCAUCAAUCGGAUCUUUGCAAACCUUCUAAAGAAAUAUGGAGUGCGGCACAAGGUAGCGAGACCCUAUCAUCCACAAACUAGCGGCCAAGUGGAGAUUUCAAACAGGGAAUUGAAGAGCAUCCUACAAAAGACAAGUGGGAAGAAUAGAAAAGAUUGGUCGGCCAAGCUAGACGACGCUCUUUGGGCAUAUAGGACUGCUUUCAAGACAUCUCUCAGGACAACUCCAUUUCAUCUCGUCUAUGGCAAAGUGUGCCAUCUACCGGUGGAACUAGAGUACAAGGCAGUGAUGUCUUUUGGAGCAUUCUGGAGCAUAUGGGACAAAGGAGCAUGGAGGGACUUGGCACAUGGAAGCAGCUCAACUGGAUACGCAAAGGAAGAAGGGAGAAGCCAUCUUGAAGACCAGCUCGACCGUCCACUCGACCAACCGGUCGAGUUCCUCAACUCGACCGGCCAAGCUUCAACUCGAUCGAGCUGGGGAGUCAAAGUCAAACCCGAAAAAUGUUGCUUCCCCCUUGACUUCCUUUGA